UUUUACUGAUUCCAGGUUUACAAUGUUCACUAUACUAUGAGUAUCAAUGGAAAAGUACAAGAUGGAUCGAUGGAAAUAGAUGCUGGAAACAACUUAGAGACAUUCAAAACAGGACGUGGGAGUGAAGAGGCCAUUGAAGUCCAUGAUUUCCAGAUCGGCAUAACUGGAAUCCGUUUUGCUGAAGGAGAAAAGUGUUACAUCAAAGCUCAAGCAAAAGCUCACGUCCCUGAAGUUGAUGCUAUGACUAAAGAGAGCCUCACUUUUGAUCUGGAAGAUGAAAUCAUGCCUGUUAAAUUUGAUGAAAACUCCCUUAUCUGGGUGGCUGCAGACAAGCCGAUCAAGGAUAACAGUUUCCUAAGCGCCAAAAUUUUAGAGCUUUGUGGAGAUCUUCCGAUUUUCUGGCUUCGCCCAACGUAUCCCAAAGAUAACCAAAGGGAAAGGAGAGAAGUAAAGAGGAAAACACGCCAAACAGAAACAAACAUUGAUGGGGAGGAACUGGAAGCUGCUACUGAAGCAAGUACGAAGCCUUCCACCACACAACUGAGGCAGGAGCUUGAUCACCAGUCUAAUGAAACCAGGCCAAUGGGACAAGAAAACGAUCAGCCGCUUAAUCCAGACAAUCCAUACAAUCAGCUGGAAGGGGAAGGGACGGCUUUUGACCCCAUGCUGGACCACCUGGGCGUGUGCUGCAUCGAGUGCCGGCGAAGCUACACGCAGUGCCAGAGGAUCUGCGAGCCUCUCAUGGGCUACGAGCCCUGGCCCUACAACUACCAGGGCUGCCGCACCGCCUGCCGCAUCAUCAUGCCCUGCAGCUGGUGGGUCGCUCGUAUCAUGGGCGUCGUGUGAGAAGCAGCACGCAGAGCCG